CUCCUACCUUGAGUGAAAGGAUGGUAGAAUACAUCAACCGCAGUCCAGCUACCAUCGCUGUAGAGACAAGUAUUUUUGUCCUUAUUGGACUGAUUGCCAUUGGAGGAAAUCUUCUGGUAGUAAUCUCCAUCUAUCGUAAUCCCAGUCUUCGUACCAUCACUAACUACUUCGUACUCUCGCUAGCUGUGUCUGAUAUUUUGUACCCGGUCACUGCUCUUCCACUAACCAUUGUUUGGUCGGUAGAAAGUAGUUCCAUUCCUGSAAAAAGWWYCUGYGUUUUYCAGGCAAUAGCUAGCUUUGGUYUGUUAWWCGUUUCAGUUACGACUAUGGUGGUUAUGGCCGUCAAUCGGUUCGUCUGCGUUUGUAAACCUCAGAAGUACAAGAUAGUAUUUAGCAAGAAGAAAUCGUUGGUCAUUAUUGGCKUUGUUUGGAUCAUCAAUUUUACUUUGAUGACAAUAAACUUCAACGAACAAGUAUUGCAUCGCGCGGAUUUCGAACCAAAUAAAAUCUGGUGUGGUUUGGUACUAGCGAGAAAAACCUYUAUAACCAMAAUARUCAUAARCGUAGUUUUAGUGGUUAUUCUAGUAGUUCCAUUCAGUAUUAUCUUCUACUGCUACUUUAAAGUAUUCGAAAAAAUACGAGAACACAAGAAAAACGUCGCUCCUGCCUCCAACCCAAACAACCUGGGCACGAGUGUUCAAGAGAUCAAGGUCACGCGGACUAUGUUUACAGUGCUGAUUGGAUAUUGKGCAACAUGGAUUCCAGUCCUCGUUAUUGUGUUGGUGUCAAUCCAUACGCGUGUGCCACGUGAAGGUCACAUGAUGGUGACGUAUGYAGUAGCAAGUAGUAGUGCUAUUAACCCUGUAAUAUAUGGAGUAAUGAACACCGCGUUUAGACWAGAGUAUAAGAAGAUUAUCAAAUGUCGUUGA